CCCAUGUACACCCCAUCUCACUUGACGCUAUCCAUAUCCGAGUUAUGAACAGCCUUACCAGACUCCCCCAACACAUAUUGUCCUGUGUUGCUCGAACCAGGUAGAUUCACUUCUUUACAGACAUGGCAUUUAUUCUCUCAAGUCGCACGUUCUCCCACUCACCCUCCGACGGUCGGCGCGACUGCUGAUCCCUCCACCCCGCCACAGCCAUAUCCUGACCCUCCGCGUGAAUCAUGUUGUUGAUACACCAGACUGGCUCUGUCAAGGUCGGCGAGGUCGUACGAUACACAGUCACCUACACUCCCAGCCUUGACCGCAUCCUCCCACCGCCUACCCACCUUCAUGUCAAGAUCAAGAACACCUCGGCCAUCCCUCUGCGGGCUGCAUAUCUUCAUGGCCCCUAUACAUUAUACGUCUCCUGCUAUCCCUCAACAUUCGACCCGUACCAGAAAUUCAACGAUGUCAAGCUCCACGGUGCGCCCGAAUAUGAGCCCCAGCUCAAGGCUGGCGGUCAGUGGAAUGCGACAUUGACCGUCCCCGAAUCCGUGAGAGAAGACACCAAUCAUAGCAACAGUUCCCGUUUCGACGGCUCCAAACCCUCCCGCAAGUCCUUUACCUGGAUCAUCGAGCUUGCUUCACAGGUCAUCUUCUCUACGAGCGCAACCGUCCACUAUGAAGUUCUCAUUGGACGAGACGAAAAGUCGGUCGAUCUUGGUUUCCAUGGUGUUGUUGGAUCCGGUCAAGGUGCCCCUGGAAAGCUGGAGGAUCACCAGCAAAAUCGUACCAACCCUACCGGUCAACCGAAAGGCGUCUUCUCCAAGGCCGUCAGAUUGUCCAUCGAUGACACCAACAGCCUCUGGAACACUCCUCCGUUUCCCGAAUUCAAGAAAGACGGCGACGUCAAGGUGCAGGAGGGACCGCAACAUGGCGACAAACGAGACACUGACGCAAAGCCUGAUGAAAAACAGCACAAGCAGCAGAAGAUCCACCUCGUCCUGUUGACACAUGGCCUCCACAGCAAUCUCGGUGCCGACAUGCUGUACAUGAAGGAAAGUAUCGACACUGCUGCGAAACAAGCCAGACUAGAUUCCAAAAAGAGAAAAGCACAGAUGCGUGCCGAUCAGAUGGCCAAGGCCAACAAGUCCUCAGCUAAAGCCCAAGGUCAAAGGUCGACAUCUGCACCAGAGGUAUUGCCGGGCGGGCUUGAGGACGAAGACACCGACGCAGAUGAAGAGCAAGUCAUUGUGCGAGGUUUCAACGGCAAUGCAGUCCGAACAGAACGCGGCAUUCAGUAUCUGGGCAAGCGUCUCGCCAAGUACAUCCUGUCCAUCACGUACCCCGACCAGCCCUAUCUACCAGUCAAAAGCUCAAUCUCAAAGUCCAUCACCAAGACCUUUACUGGUGCCAAACCCAAUCUCCCGGAAGGAACGCAUUUGACGCACAAAAACAGCAGCAUUGUCAAGGAUGAAAACCACAAAGAUCACCAUAUGCCCUACAAGAUCACCAGCAUCUCCUUUGUCAGUCAUUCCCUCGGAGGACUCAUCCAGACUUAUGCUAUAGCAUACAUCCAAAAGCAUUCUCCCGACUUUUUCGACUUGAUUGAGCCUGUCAACUUUGUCGCCAUGGCCACUCCUUUCCUAGGUCUGAGCAACGAGAACCCCAUGUAUGUCAAGUUUGCCCUGGAUUUUGGCCUGGUAGGGAGAACCGGCCGAGAUCUCGGACUGACCUGGAGAGCGCCGACUUUGGCCAAGAGUGGAUGGGGUGCCGUCAUCAGUGGACUCACGAGUGAAUCACAAAAUGCCCAAAAGGAGCCGGACCCUGGGGCAAAACCAUUGCUUCGCAUUCUCCCCACAGGCCCUGCUCAUACUGCCUUGAAAAGAUUCCGUAAUCGAACCGUCUACUCCAACGUGGUCAAUGAUGGGAUUGUGCCGUUGAGGACUUCAUGUCUGCUCUUCCUAGACUGGAGAGGGUUGGGGCGGGUGGAGAAGGCUCGUCGAGAAAACGGCCUUGUCGGGACCAUGGUAGGUUGGGGAUGGGCCGAAAUGACCGGUCAAAAUGCAAGCGCGUCACGAAAAGGCUUGACUUGGAAUGAUCUUUUUGGUGAAAGUGGUGAUGAAACGCCUCGCAGUGGCAAGGCCUCGCCUGACCCCGAAUCCACUGUCCCAGCUGCAGAAGCCAGUCAAGCGUUUGACUCGUACGAAACAGCUCCAAUUGAACGAGAGGGGGCUGAGGUAACGAAAUCUGAAGCGACGGCGACGACGCAGGAUAGUCCUGUGACGGGUGCCAGCCUUUGGUCAGGCUUGAUGAGCCUACUGAAGCCGCAAGCCGGCCAGAAACCGGAACCAAAAUCACCCACCAAAACACAACGCAUUCUCCGACGUGGUCAAACCAUGCACCAUCAUCAUAGCAAUCAAUCUGAUACCGAACGCUCGCGACACAACUCCUUUACAAGUGAUGCAAGUCUAACUGAGGGCGGACGACCUUCUGGACUGGUUCGAGGGUCCUCGCUAUACACGAACAAUUCAGAUGACGGGAACCUUGAAGCACCGCCAAAGACGACUUUUUUCGAAGCUGCAGGCGAUGUGUUGAAUCCCCCUCUGCCAUCUCAAGACUUCAUCCUCGAUCCUGGCGCUAGACCGCGCACCAUCUUCCAUGAUCGAGUUUACCAUCCCCAGGACAUUCCUCCUCCUCCAGCCAAGCGUCAACGCACCAACUUGCUACCUAGAAGGUCAGGGUCUCGAGAUCCCAACACCUCCCAACAAUCGCUUAAUUCCACAGCAACUCUCGAUCAUGUACAAUCAGAAUCAAGCCUGUCUUCGGUAGGUAGACCGCAACCUGUCGGACAGAUGAAGAUUGAAGAAAAGAUCGCGCGUGCGUAUCAUAAGGAUUUAUCUUGGCGCAAAGUCCUUGUGCGUCUAGAGCCUGAUGCGCAUAACAACAUGAUCGUCCGCCGCAUGUUCGCCAACGCUUACGGUUGGCCCGUGGUGAAGCACAUGUGUGACACCCAUUUUGCCUACACGAUAGCAGCACGCACAAGAGACGAUGAAGAGGCAGCCGUGGAAAGGGCCGAAGCUUCUGAUAAAGCCGUGCGACCAGACGGCGAAGAGGUCAAGGGACAAACAGAUCAACCAACUUUGCAAGGGCUGGCAGUCAAUUCUGACCAAAUACCACAUCGUGCUGAUAGUGCAGAUGAUCUAGACCUGACGCCUGCCUCUCCUGCGGCUCUGGAAGGGAUUCAAGAAGACUUGGAGCAACUCCAUACACAUUGGAAGGCAGAAAGCUCUCGUAAACGAACGGAGCGGACCGAAUCCGAGAGUCGAGAGGCGCGGGACGACGUGUCAGAACUGGUCACCAUGGUCAAUGCGACUGGUAUUACCUCAAGUGCAGCGGGCUAUCCCAACACAAACUCGGGCAAGGCCGCGCUCUCAAGACUAGCCAGACAAGACAGCGCACGCUGGAGCGAUCGUUUCUUUGAAGGCGACGAGGAUGAUUACACCGAAGAUGAUGACAGUAUACUAGCCACAGAAAUCGACAAGGCACGGGCCCGUGAAGAACUCCAAAAAGCGGGAUCCACAGGAGGUGCUGAGCGAAUGCAGGCACGCAUUGCGGACGGAUUGACUAUCAGUCCACAAGUGACGAGACAGACUGCCACCAUGGACAAGAUGGGAAGUCCUUCAACACAGGGGUUCAUACUUCCAGACUCAACACUGACGAGUGAGCCUGGAGAAAUCGAACCUUUAUCUCGAGAUUCGGGCAAGGAGACGCCCGUAUUGGAGGACCAUUUGAAUCCUGGCUCAGUGACUGCAUUCAGCACCAACACUAAUCCCUUGGGCCUGGCAUUGAGCGAGAGGGCUAGUGAGGCGAUUGCUCAGGGAGGAGAUGGUGGUAAGGGUUCCAGCAGUGUAGCGGAACAAGUCGCAGAACAGAUUGCCGCUGCACAGGCAGAGAAACAGUGAACUUGAGCGAGGGUUGUCUUGGUGACUCUCCAUUCAGCUGCUCUCCUUGGUUGGGAUACCCGUUUUCUGUACGAUACGAUGUGUAGAUGACUACAUUGUAAAUGGACUCAUAUUACUUUGAUGAUCUACGAUAUAAACAUAAUAUGCAUGAAUGAUCUGCAAGCG